AUGGUAGGAGGUGAAUGCUAUUCAAACCCUCCACUUCUGAAUGCAUCAAGCGGUGGAGGCUAUGUUACCAAUAUCGGUGGUAUUAACUCCUACGUCACUGGUUCCCCUCUUGCCAUCCUCGCCAUUCUUCUUGUUUCCGAUGUUUAUGGAUUUAAAGCGCCACUUUUAAGGAAAGUUGCUGACAAGGUUGCAGCUAAUGGGUAUUAUGUCCUGGUUCCUGACUUCUUACAUGAUGACCCUUAUGAUCCUAAGAAUUCGACAAGGCCAACCUCUGUUUGGUUAAAAGAUCAUGAACCUGGAAAAAGUAUUAAAGGUGCAAAACCUGUUAUUAAAGCCUUAAAAAGAAAAGGUGUUUCCGCUGUUGGAGUUGCUGGUUUUUGUUGGGGCGGUGAGCUUUUGUACAAACUCACAGAAUGUAAGGUUUUUUCUCUUUUUCUAUCAGCUAAGACAGUUACCAACCUUGGGAAAGCCAAACUUGUCCAAGCUUCUGUGCUAUUACAUCCAUCAUAUAUCACUGUGGAUGACAUCCGUGGUGUUAAUGUUCCAAUUGCUAUACUUGGAGCUGAGCAUGACUCACUCUCUCCUCCAAAGCUUUUAAAACAAUUUAAACAAAUCCUAGAUGCUAAACCUGAGAUUGAUAGUUAUGUAAAAGUAUUUCGUAACGUCUCUCAUGGUUGGACUCUGAGGUAUGACCCUAAUGAUCCAAAAGCUAAUGGAGCAGGAAUGUUAGCAGAGCAUAAGGAAAAGAGAGACAGAAAAAUGGUUGGAAGUGAAUGCUAUUCAAACCCUCCACUUCUGAAUGCAUCAAGCGGUGUUGGCUAUGUAACCAAUAUUGGUGGUGUUAGUUCCUAUGUCACUGGUUCCCCUCUCGCCAUCCUCGCCAUUCUUCUUGUUUCCGAUGUUUAUGGUAACAUUAUUUCCCUUUUCAUAACCACCUUCGUAUUCUUGUGA